UAUUGGUCGUGGGAUAAACCAGCAGUUCUCUUGACUUUGAAAAAAUUUAAAAAUAUUAAAAAACUGACUUUACAUAGCCUUUGUUUAGACGAGCUAAUUCUUCAAGAAAUAGCAGAAGCAACAACACUUGUUCAUCUUAACAUUGAAUUCUAUGAUACACACAUAGAGUUUCCUCUAUUCGAUAAACUCGUUAAUUUGGAAUAUAUACAAAUAAAGAUUAAAGAAAAAAAUGAUGACAAGAAAGACUCUACAAAAGUACUCAACACUAUUUUUUGUAAAUGCAAAAAUCUAAAACAUCUUGAUAUUCCAAAUGACUUUUAUGAUCUUGCUAAAAUUCCUUUGGCAGAAUGGAAAAACUUUAAAAAUUUAGAAUAUCUUCGUUUAUCUUGUUAUGAAAUAUUACCUGACUUGGCAGAUACAAUUGUUAAAUAUUGCAAGAAUUUGAAACACUUGUUCAUGAACCCUAUAUGCCUUGAUAUAAAGGCAAAUGUUGUAAAAAAGUUAACAAAAUUGGAAAAUCUUGAAAGUUUAGAGAUCAAUAAUAGAUACCUCAGAGAGGAAGCAAUAAUCGCAAUUUCAAACAAUUGUAAAAAACUUAAACGUUUAGAACUUGAUGAUUGCACUCUAUUAUCAACAGGUAUUGAUGGUGACGAACUUUCUUCUCCAUCUGUUUUAAAUGAGUUAUCAAAAUUACAAUUUCUUGAACAUUUAAGCUUGGAUUAUACAGAUAUUAUUGAUGAUAAUACAAUUAUUGCUAUUGCUAAUAAUUGUAAAAACCUAAAAUAUUUAGAUAUCUGUGGUAACAAUGAUGAUAUUAGUGAAACAGCUCUCGUUACUUUAACAAAGUUGGAAAAUUUAGAAAUACUAAGAGUAAACUGUCGUUAUACUUCCGACAGCUUCAUUAUCAGGUUAAAAGGAUUAAAAGAAUUUUAUUGUGGUUAUUGUUGUAAUCUUACUGAUACUGGUAUUAUUGAAUUUAUAAAAAAUAACCCAGAUCUUCAAAAAAUCUAUGUCUUUGGAAUAGAUAAUAUUACAACUGACUUGGUUAUUGGUGCUGAUCAGGCAACUAAAAAUCGUACAAAUGGUAUAAUUUUACACAUAGAAAUAGAAGAUUUGUCAAUAAUUGAAGCUUCUAAGUCAUUAAUUACAUCUCAAUGGUUGGUUGUUGGAACAUAGAUUUAUCCUUCAAAUUAAUUUAAAUUUAUCGUAUAUCUAUCUCUC